AUGAACGGCAACAAGACGCACUCGGUGCACUUCGACCCGUCGGUGCGCGCAGACCCGGACAGUGGGCGCUCCACGGCGUCGACGACCGCUUCUUUCUCCGCGAUCCCUAACAAUAAUGCGGCCGCCCCAGUCUCCGCCGCUCCCCCCGCUAAGCGCAAUAGUGUCGUACGUAAGAUCAUGCUACAAACAAUCGGCGAGCAGUUCGAGGACACGACGUUACCCGCCGUGCAGAGCUUCGUGGCCAGUGUGGAGAGCUACUGUGCCAGUACCGAGAGCUUGGCCAGUCUAGGUAAGUCACUGUACACGUCACCCGCCUUGGUGUUCGUAGUGGAUGAGGUUAUGCGCGUCAUUCUAUGGAAUGACUGUGCUGUCAAGCUCUGCGGCUAUUCGAGAGAGGAGAUGGCAGGGCGUAACCUGCUCAAGGAGCUGCCGUACCUCGUACCCCCUGCUACAGCUAAAGUGCUAGGUGAUGCAUUGGCUCAUUGUGUCAGAGGAUCACCCGUGGCUAGUGUGAUGCUGGAACUCAUUGCCAGAGAUCAGACCAAGGUUACGUUGCUCGGAUCAUGUACCCCACUGGUGGGUAACCCAGUGGGAGCGGGUAUGCUCGUGGUGGCGCAAGACCUGACCCACUUGCCAUUCGCUAUGGUGGACAAGAAAGCGCUAGCCGAGACACCAGCAGUGCUCGAUCAGACACAAGGAACUCCAUCAGAGACGCAAGAGGUUGCUGCGAUGAACGCAGUGCCUCCUGCACAGGUCGCAGUGCAUAAUGCAGCUCCGGUUCCAGCUCCAGUUCCUGCUGCAGUGACGUCGAACGCGUCGACGAUCCCUGGAUGGAGCGAGAUUGCGCCGCAUUACUCGAUUGAGUGUGUCCUAGGGCAGGGAAGUUAUGGCCAAGUGGUGCGUUGCAAGCACCUGCCGACGGGAGAGAUUGUGGCAAUUAAGAAGAUUCAGAACGUGUUCUCAGACCCGAUUGACGCCAAGCGGAUCCUCCGUGAACUGUGCAUCCUGCGCCAACUGCGACAUCCAAACAUUGUGCAGAUUCGUGAGAUUAUCGCGCCGCUCGACAUGGACCACUUUCAAGACCUAUUCGUCGUGUUCGAGUACUUGCCGUCCGAUCUGGAGAAGCUGCUCCAUUCGCCACAAUUCCUCACGGCCGAGCACUUGCGGUGGUUACUGUUGGAUCUACUAAAGGCACUGAAGUACAUGCACUCAGCGGAGAUCGUGCAUCGCGACUUGAAGCCAGCCAAUGUUUUAUUGAACCUGUCACCUGUAGCAAUCAAGAUCUGCGACUUUGGAUUGGCGCGUGGACUUUCGUCGUCAGCGUCCACUACAGGACGUAAGCGUAAGAGGUUGGGCGAUGGCUCUACCCCAGAUGAGAGCACAUUACAAGGUGUGGGGGUACACCCACGUACACCUGCUCGUCGAAUCCAGCGCCAAUUGACAGAGCACGUGGUUACACGCUGGUAUCGUGCACCCGAGAUUAUUUUCCGUGAUCACGACUACUCUGCUGCUAUCGACGUGUGGUCGGUCGGAUGUAUCUUUGCUGAGCUACUGAGUAUGCAGAAGAGCAGCGUGCCGUCACACUACCAGCGCGAGCCACUAUUCCCCGGCGUCUCAUGUUUUCCUCUGAGUCCUGGGGCUGGUCAGGUAGCGCUGCCGCAAGAUAGCCGGGACCAGUUGAACACGAUCCUGGACGUUCUCGGUACGAUGGAGGAGGAAGAUAUCGCAGAAAUUGCAGACCCAGACGUGCAGUUCUACUUGCGCAGCUUGCCACCGCGACCAAAGCGCAAUCUGCAGGAAAUGUACCCAGGAGCUGAACCCGAGGCGAUUGAUCUACUCACAUGGAUGCUCAAGAUGAACCCGCGUAAGCGCGCAACGCUAGAUGAGGCGCUGUCACACAAGUACUUGGCCAGUAUUCGAUCGCUGGAGGAAGAAAUUGUGGCCCCAGGAACGAUCCAGCUCGAGUUCGACGAGAAGAAGAUGAAUGUGACGGAGAUCCGCCAGCGAAUGGUGACCGAGAUCCGAUUCUACCACCCCAAUGCCGGCAUCAGCGCAGUAACGAAAGCUUCUACAAGAGGAGCACAGCCAAACGGAGUCGUUAGUAAGAAGGCGAAGCAAGGCUGA